UGGAAUCACCCGUAGCCAUGAUGCUUGCUGAAAAUAACGUGUAUUCGGAAGUCUUCUCGGCCUUGUGUAUCAAUACACCGAAAACAACCGAUAGAUACGAGAGGAAUUAUAAAUAUGGCGAUGUUGAGGCAAGGACAGUCUCAGUUUGAGGACCGAUGGCCCUCCAUGAGACCGACUGCCUUAAAAUUACUCAGACAAGAACCUGUUACCAAAGCAGAAUGGCAGGAUCUGUUCUGUGCAGUACAUUCAGUAUGCCUUUGGGAUGACAAAGGUCCACAGAAGAUGUAUCAAGCUUUACAAGAUGAUAUACUAGAAUUCAUACAGCAUGCACAAUCAAGGGUAUUAAAAAACCAAGAAGAUUCAGCAUUACUGAAAGCAUACAUAGCAGAAUGGGGUAAAUUCUUCACACAGUGUGACUAUCUACCUAAACCAUUCAUGCAGCUUGUUACCUCAUUAUCCGGUAAACCACAUGGUAGUGUACCAAAGAAAACUCCAGGAGAGGAGAGUUUAGUUAGAAAGUUGAUGUUAGAUAGCUGGAAUCAAAAUAUAUUUUCUAAUAUCAAACAGAGGCUACAGGAUAGUGCAAUGAAAUUAUUACAUGCUGAGAGAAAUGGAGAGGCUUUCGAUUCUCAACUUGUUAUAGGUGUAAGAGAGUCUUAUGUAAAUUUGAGUUCAGAUGUAGAAGAUAAAUUGAAGAUUUACAGAGAGAAUUUUGAGAAAGCCUACUUAGAAGCAACAGAAAAGUUUUACAAAUUAAAAGCUCCACAGUACUUAGAAGCUAAUGGUGUACAGAAUUAUAUGAGAUAUGCAGACUCCAAACUGAAAGAAGAGGAGGCCAGAGCUAGGAGGUACCUGGAGACAGGAUGGGGAUGUAACUCAGUUGCUACAUUAACAGAAUGUUGUGUUACUGUACUAGUGACUGCAUUUAAAGAAACCAUAUUAAAAGAAUGUGCUCAAAUGAUCAAAAGUAAUGAAACUGAAAGAUUACGUCUUAUGUUCAGUCUAAUGGACAGGGUGCCAGAUGGUAUAACUCAGAUGCUUGUAGAUUUAGAACAUUACAUUUUCAAUCAAGGGUUAGCAGAUAUGAUGGCUGCAGCAGAGUCCAUUACAACAGAUUCAGAGAAAUAUGUAGAACAAUUAUUAGAAUUAUUUAACAGAUUUAGUACUCUAGUCAAAGAUGCUUUUAUGGAUGAUCCAAGAUUCCUUACAUCUAGAGAUAAAGCUUACAAGUCAGUUGUGAAUGACACAUCAGUAUUCCGUCUAGAAAUUCCUAUGAAAAAUAAAGGUAUUGGUGCCAAAACACAGCCUGAGUCAAAGUGUCCUGAACUGUUAGCUAACUACUGUGAUAUGUUGUUACGUAAAACACCAUUAAGUAAGAAACUCACGUCAGAGGAAGUGGAAACUAAAUUAAAAGAUGUGUUACUUGUGUUAAAGUAUGUACAGAAUAAAGAUGUUUUUAUGAGAUAUCACAAAGCACAUCUAACACGACGAUUGAUAUUAGACACAUCAGCAGAUAAUGAGAAAGAAGAAAAUAUGGUGGAAUGGUUAAGGGAAGUAGGUAUGCCUGCAGACUAUGUAAAUAAAUUAGCCAGAAUGUUCCAAGAUAUUAAAGUCAGUGACGAUCUCAAUCAAGAAUUUAAAGAUGCUCACCGGAACAAUAAUGAAGGAAUUGCAGAUUCUAUAAAUAUAAAAAUCCUUAAUGCUGGAGCAUGGGCCAGGUCUAGUGAUAGAAUAGCUGUAACACUGCCAAUGGAAUUAGAAGACUAUAUCCCACAAGUGGAGGAAUUUUACCGACAGAAACACAGUGGUCGUAAACUACAGUGGCAUCAUCUGAUGUCUAAUGGUAUUAUUACUUUUGGUAACGAUACAGGCAAGUUUGAUUUAGAAGUGACAACAUUUCAAAUGGGAGUAUUAUUUGCCUGGAAUCAGAGACCGAAAGAUAAAAUAAGUUAUGAAAGUUUACGUUUAGCAACAGAACUACCAGAUACAGAAUUGAGAAGAACACUAAUGUCAUUAGUAGCAUUUCCUAAGAUUAAAAGGCAGCUAUUAUUGUGUUCACCUGAAGCUAAAUCAUUGAAAGAAUUCACAGACAGUACACAGUUCUGGGUAAAUCAGGAAUUCUCACUUAUUAAAAAUGGAAAAGUACAGAAAAGAGGUAAAAUAAACUUAGUAGGACGUUUACAGUUAUCCACAGAGAAAAGUCAAGAAGAAGAUAAUGAAGGCAUCAUGCAGCUUAGGAUAUUACGUGUUCAGGAAGCAAUUGUAAAGAUUAUGAAGAUGAGAAAGCGAAUAACCAACGCAGCUUUACAGACUGAACUUGUAGAAAUAUUACGAAAUAUGUUUCUACCCUCUAAAAAACUGAUUAAAGAACAAAUUGAAUGGUUGAUAGAACAUAAAUAUAUGAAGCGAGACGAGGAUAAUAUAAAUAUGUUUAUUUAUAUGGCAUAAUGUAUAUGUACUAAUGUAAACAUCCCUUUUCGGCAAUCUUAAAAUGAAUGGUGCUUGUCGAUCGAAGCUGCUCUUCGUAUUUGACUGGCCUCAUUUUUGUUCUUGGACUUUUUGUACCUUAUUCAAUAAAGUAAGGACCUGAAGCUCUUAGAAAAUAAAAUAAUGGAUCUAAUAUUGAAACUGAAUUUUUAUUCACUAACUGAAUUGAACUAAUUUUGUAGUUUAAUAGUAUUUCCUGUUGUUAAAGAAAUAACAGCAGAGCUCUAUUUAUUGGUUUCUUGCAGCAAUUUUCAUAAACACCAAUAUUUUACACCAUAUUAUUUUCACAAUUUGCCUUUAAGGUCCAUGCUCUCAGCUUUUAAGUUACAAUAAGUUUCCUUUUCUUGAUACAGAUGUAACUAUCAUUUUUUUAAAGACAAUAUUUUGCUGUAGAUUUAAAUAGUAAUUAAAUUGGUAAUUUAACCCUCACAUAAGAUCAUGCAUUUUCAAAUGCGAAAUUUCCUGGAAGGGCUGUUGGUGAAAAAUGAUGACUGCUGUUUUUAAUAAUUUGCCCAUAAUGAUAUUUUUCAUAUCCCAAAGUUAUAGAUAUAUGAAUAUCUCUUUACCUCAUUUCUUUGAAUUUUUAUAAGCAUU